UGGUCCCUCCGUGCCCGCUGUCUGCCCUGGGGACAAUAUAAAACAGGCCAGAACCUUCUUACCUGCCUACUCAGUUCAUCCCUAGAAGCAGCUACUCCAGACAGGACACUGAGGCUGCAUUCCCAGCCGGGGGCGUUCUCUGCGCAGCCCUGCUCACGGCCCCUGCUGACCCAGCCCAAGGGCUCAGAGGUGGGUGUCGGUGUGGGGAGCCUUCACAGGACUCUUCCCUGCAGGAACAGAGGUGCCAUGCAGCUCCGGGUGCUGCUCGUUGUGCCCCUCCUGGCGCUCCUGGCCUCUGCCCGAGCUGAGGAUGCCGAGGAGGAGGCUUCCCUCCUGAGCUACAUGCAGGGCUAUGUGCAGCAUGCCUCGAAGACCGCCAAGGACGCGCUGACCAAGGUGCAGGACCUUCAGGUAGCCCAGAAUGCCAGGGGCUGGAUGAGUGACGGCUUGAACUCCCUGAAGGACUACUGGAGCUCCUUUACGGACAAGUGGUCUGGGUUCUGGGACCCCACGCCUGAGAAAGCAGGGCCAACCCCAGCCCUCCUGGACAUCUGAGCUCUGAAGGUUCCCAGUGCCUGUCUGCCCAUCCUGCCAGCUCCCUGGGUCCUGGAGCCUCCAGGGUUGCCCCUGAAUUUUCUGGAAAGGAACAACACUCUCAGUGCCUUUCCAGCCCUCCCCAGACUUGGCCACCUGCAACCAUGCUGCCUCCCAAUAAAUCUGGAUGAGAAGCUGCUA